AUCUGGCCCAGUGACGUCACUUCCUCGCACUGCGUUAACCCCCUUCGGAACUUUCUCUUCACCUCUUUCACUCAGCUUUUUUUCGACUUUUCACCCUGAACAGUAACUGAGCAACAAUGUCGCCACCUUCUCGACGGCUUCAGACGAAGCCAGUGAUUACCUGCCUGAAGACCUUCCUCAUCUCCUACAGCCUCAUUUUCUGGUUCACAGGCAUGAUCCUGCUGGCGGUGGGCGUGUGGGGCAAAGUCAACCUGGAGGCGUACAUGGUGCUGGCCUCCGACGACACCACCAACGCACCGUACGUCCUCAUCGGCACCGGCGCUGCCAUCAUCAUUUUCGGGCUGUUUGGCUGCUUGGCCACAUGCCGAGGCAGCCCCUGGAUGCUCAAACUGUAUGCCAUGUUCUUGACGCUGGUCUUCUUGGCUGAGCUGGUGGCCGGCAUCUCAGGCUUCCUCUUCAGGCACGAGAUCAAGGCUAAACUGGGCAGCGCGUACAAAAAUGCAGUCAAGUCCUACAACAGCACUGAAAGCAGCAGAACUGCAGUGGACAUCAUUCAGAGGACUUUACAUUGCUGCGGGGUGAAAAACUACACGGACUGGGCCGACACGGACUACUUUAGAGACAACGGGAUCCCUGCCAGCUGCUGCAAAGUCAACAGCAACUGUCCCCCGGAAACCCUGAAAGACCUGGACAAGGCCCAGAGUGAAGUGUACUCCACCGGCUGCUUCACGCUGGUCACCACUGUGAUGGAGUCCAACCUGGGCAUCAUCGCUGGCAUCUCCUUUGGCAUCGCAUUCUUCCAGCUCAUUGGAAUAUUCCUGGCCUGCUGCCUGUCCCGAUACAUCACAAACAACCAGUACGAGAUGGUCUAAGUGUCCUGGAGGUGAUUUCAUGUGUGCUGCUCCCGACUCACCCUUCUGUGAUUUUAGACUCUUUUUUUUUUUUGUUUGUUUUAGAGUGACAAACCAAACCUUGCUGUCUUUUUUUUAUGUACUCACACUACACACGGCUGAGGAGCAGAAGGGACUUUUGCAAAGGGAGUAUCAAAAGGAAAAGUAGUUUCCCCCUCAAUCAGGGACCAAAGCAUUUCACACAAAUGUUGUUUACUUGGAGAAAGAAUGAAAAUGUUCAUCACGUAGCUGGAGUACCUCUCAUUGUCGUGACAUUUCUUCAAUCAUGUGCCUGAGUGAGAAUAAGUCAAGCUGACGAGAUGCCAGCAGACAUCAAUAACAUAUCAGUGUUUCAUUGCUUUACCUUUGUGGAUGCAUGUCAAGUAUUAAAUGUCAAUUCACUCAAA